AACAUUUCACACACACACACACACUCCGGCGAUGGCGGACGACUCAACCCCGGUCAAGUCUUCCUCCGACGACGUAUCAUCCGACGAACCAUCGUCGGACCAUAGAAACGGUUCAGUACUGAAGCUUUUCGGUUAUCCGGUAACGGAAUCUGGUGAAAUCCCGGUGACAACAGAAAAUAGGAAAUUUGAGUGUCAAUACUGUCGUCGUGAGUUUGCUAAUUCUCAGGCACUUGGAGGUCAUCAAAACGCACACAAGAAAGAGAGACAAAGAGCAAAACGAGCACAGUUCCAGAGUAACCGGCGGUUCACAGGAACACCACCGAUCCUGAGCCAUCACGCGGUCCGACCAGGUCCUUUCUUAUAUUCCGGUGGAGGAGGAGGUCCUACUAAUAGUAUUAUUAGUAGUAGUGGUGUAGCUGCUCGAUUCCACUCUCCGGUUGAGUACUAUCCACCGUCGCUGCCACUACCACCGCCGCCACAAGUAAUGUUGUCUUCACCACCUCCAAGGUUUCCUUCUUGGUUUUACGUCGCACGACCAGCAACCUAUGCCGUCGCUACAGAAGUGGGUCCCUCUUCUAGGGCUACUACCACUAGUAGUAGUACUCCAUCGCUAACUCAGUUUUCUGGGAGAAUAGUAUCAGAAGCAGUAGAUGCUGGAGUUGAUCUUCAUCUAAGCCUUGCACCUUCCUGGAGAUCAUGAUCUGAUCUGAUUAUAGCUUUGUUAGU